AUGCACGUAUCUCUCGUCGAUGUCCUCGACGGCGAGCUCUUCUCGCUCGUUGACUCCGACGGCCACAUGACGGAGGACCUCGCGUGGCAUUACUUCCGCCAGCUCCUCUCCGCCGUCCGGUACUGCCACUCCCGCGGCGUCUACCACCGCGACAUCAAGCCGGAGAAUUUGCUGCUCGACGGCGAGGGCAAGCUUAAGGUCGCCGACUUCGGGCUCGGCGCCGUCGCGGACGGGAGCCUCCACCACACCCUCUGCGGCACCCCUGCCUACGUCGUGCCGGAGAUCCUCUCGAAGCAGGGGCACCACCCGACCAAGGUCGACAUCUGGUCCUGCGGCGUGGUGCUCUUCGUGCUCGCCGCCGGCUACCUCCCAUUCAACGACGCCAGCCUCAUCAACAUGUACCGCAAGAUCUACGCCGGCAGGUUCCGGUGCCCCAACUGGUUCUCGCCGGCGCAGCGCCACCUGCUGCGCCGCAUCCUCGACCCCAACCCGGCCACGCGCAUUGACAUGGACGGCAUCAUGGAGCACCCGUGGUUCUGCCACGGCGCGGGCGGCGACGGCGAGCUGGAGAAGCUGAUGCGCGGCCACGAGGAGGAGGCGGGGUUCAAGACGGAGUUCAAAACUAAUUGGAACUGA